CGGGGCGGCCAUGGGCGUCUGCCAGUUCUUCCUGCGGGGCUACUGCCGCUUCGGCGAGCGCUGCUGGAACGAGCACCCCCGCGGCGCCGCGGGCCGCCCCGGGCCGCCCCCGGCCCACGUUACUAGUGGAAGAGGAGGAGGAGGAGGAGGAUGGGGUACCUCUAACCAGAGAUACAGUAAUGUUAUCCAGCCAUCUUCCUUCAAGUCUGAUACAUGGGGUGGCAGCAGAGAUCAUGGAAGAGGAUUCUUUGGCUCCUCUGACUUUGGAUCGUCAGGCGGCAGCAGCAGAAAUGCAGACUUUUCACAGAACAGGUUCUCUGCCUUAGCCCACAGUCAGAGUGUUGCUGAUGGCUCUAAAGAUGAAGAGGACAGAAUUCUUGAAUGUGUAGUGAAAGACAUGGAAAUUUGGGAAUCUUCUGGACAAUGGAUAUUUUCAUGUUACUCACCAAUGAAAGAAAAGCCAAAUGUCUCAGGCUUUUCAGAUGUCUCGCCAGAAGAGCUGCGUCUGGAGUACUAUGACAGCAGAGCAAACAAUAUCGUUGGGAAUUAUAUAGAUGCUGUCCAAAAGUUAGCACUACAAUGGAAAAAUCAGCUACUUCAGUUAAAAGCUUUAAAUGCAUCAACAAAAGCAGCUUUG